GUACAUCCUAAGCCUUAGUUCAGGCGCCACAUUCAGUUUUGGUAGAUUCUCACGCUGAUUUGUGUUUCUGAAUAUGGUUAGGCUAAACGUGCUUGCUGACGCCCUAAAAUCAAUAUGCAACGCCGAAAGAAGGAAAAAGCGUCAAGUACUUAUUCGGCCAUCAUCAAAAGUUAUUGUUCGGUUUCUAAGAGUGAUGCAACGAAAGGGUUAUAUCGGGGAAUUCGAAAUUGUUGACGACCAUCGCUCUGGAAAGAUCGUUGUUCAGUUAAAUGGACGUCUUAAUAAAUGUGGUGUAAUCAGUCCUCGAUUCGACAUGGGCGUGCGGGAAACUGAAAAAUGGACUAGGAACUUAUUACCUUCUCGGCAAUUUGGUUACCUGGUGCUUACCACAAGUAGUGGAAUUAUGGAUCAUGAAGAAGCUCAUCGGAAACACCUGGGUGGUAAACUUCUUGGAUUUUUCUUCUAAAUAAAACUUGUAUAAAGG